AUGCCAGAUGCUUCAGAAACCACACAGGAAAUUAAUGGAGUGUACCUCAAGGAACCCCCACUAUCUGUAUAUAAUCACAAUACCAGGAUCUUCCUGAUUUGCUCCUUGUAUCCAAUAGACAAGGUACCAGAGAGGAUGGAAGAGGAAGAGGAAGAGGAAGAGGAAGAGGAAGAGGAAGAGGAAGAGGAAGAGACAACAAUGGCAAACAGUGGUCAUUGA